AUUGCUCUGUGACAGGGUUGCUGUUUUUAUAUCAUUUUACCUUCAAAUGGAAUUGAUCAACAUGGCUGAUCCACGUAGACUUAAAGAUUUGGAAGCAGGAAAAGAAUUGAAAUGUGCCGUAUAUGUCAUUGGAACAUCCAUUGCUUCAUUUCAAUAUUUCCUUGAAUUCUUUGCCAAGGUGGUUACAAACGAAGUGGAAAAAAUACAUAAAUUUAAUGCAUACGCUAAACAUCAAUUAUUGUGUAGCAAUCCAUUUAUACAAGAAGCUAAAUUUUGGAUUUUCUCCGUUGGUGCUUCGAUUGCUGUGCCGACUGCAUCUCAUUUAUCGGAUCGUUACUGCCGACGACCAAUACUUUUGAUCGCAAUGUAUUUAAGUACAGUGUUCAGUUGCGUUACAGCAUUUUCAUCUAAUUUAUUCGUCUUCUUAGCGUUACGAGUUCUUAUUGGAGCCGCAGUUGAUACAUAUUUAACCGCUGCAUCAAUUCCUUGUUGUGAAGUAGUGGCUGGAUCAUUUCGUGAAUGGAUAAGUUUCAUUGGAGUAACAUCUUGGGUACAUGGGUACUUAUAUCUGGGAGUUUCGGAAUCUUCAUCAAUGAUUGGAGGAAACUUUACUUUCUAUCCACGAUCCCAAACCUGUUAACU